AUGGGCUGUGGUCGCGCGUGGUCGCGCGUGGUCGUUGCGGGCGCUGCGGAACCGCCGCGUGGAAGUAGCGGGGCUACAGUACCGCAGUACAAUGCACCUGCAUGUGCAGUAAUAGUGAGUAUCGUCAAAGCUAACUUACUUGGGUUAGAAACCAGUGCACGUCAGUUACGGGAUGAGUUAAACAGCGCCUCCGGGCUUGUGAAUUUUGAUGUCAACGCUCAUGAGGAAAGAGGUGGCAACGACGAGUAG